AUGAAGUCAGCAAACGUAGAUCAUACCAACGCUAAAAAGUUCCCUUCGAGCGGCAACGACACAGUUGAAUCGUCAAACAGUCGAGUGCCACAAACUUGGAUUAAUCGAAAACGAGCAAUUUGGAUGUUGUGCUCGAUUGUAGCAGCAGGUUUGAUUGUAGCAACGAUUGUUGUUCCAUUAAAGCUUCCAAAAACGAAGACAAAAAAGACUAUUUUCCAACGAAUAACAACAAAAGCUUUGUCUACAUCAACAACACAAACAAUAGUUUUACCAAUCAAGCCAGGCGCGACAUCGUCUGCGUGCACAAGUGAGGAAGAUAGAAGUUUUUCCGACAACGAGUUUAUCUGCUCACCGUCUUCAAAAACAUUUGCGGCUGGUCUGUUGGAAGGUCAGUUCGGUGUGUAUCGAACAGAUGGGUAUGGCAAUGUCACUUCAUCUUCGAUUUGGCUUGCAAGUCAAAACCCAAAGCUAGGGUCCGAGCUUAAGCUUCAAUCAGAUGGGCAUCUGGUUGUUUAUGGGAAAGGAAUAGCUAUAUGGGGUAGUAAGACUGAAAAUGGUGGUCGUGGCCGUCCAUUUUGCUUAGAAAUAGCGGAUACGGGAAAUUUACAAUGGAUUGACGCGAAAAAAAAAGUUCUUUGGGAAACGAAUACCGCUAUUUCACAGGCCACUAUGAUUGCGAAGCUCUCAAAUGAAAUCUAA